UCGAGCACUUUAUUUUAUAGGAUGAGAGAGGGUAUCCAGUAGGGUAGGGAUUAACACCUCUAAGCAACGAGUAGCCAGCUCAAGAAACGCAGUCGACAUCGACGAGUGUCAAGAAGACGAUCAUCAUCACAUCAUCACCAUCAUAUCAUCAUGCUGCUUGCUAAGCUAACUUUCAUACUUUUUAUAUCACAUUCAACUUCUGGGUGGUAUCAUGAAAAAACGAGGUUUGAUCGUUCGAUAGAUUCAAAUGAUGAUUUACAGAGCUUAGAUUAUCAUCAUAAUACACCUGCAAUAUUCGUUGAUUAUACUAUGCGUUAUGUGGCUUAUAAAAGUACUGAGGACAACGUUUGCUAUUUGGAAAAGAUGAGAGAUGACAAUUGGAAGUCAAUAUUGGCGGGAAAAAUCCGUCCAAAAAUACUUUAUCCUUCUUUGCUGACAUUGACUAUUGUUGAGGCUUGGAAAUUAGCUGGCGGCAGGGUAGUAAAUUUUUGCGAGGGAAGUUCAAUAAAACUUCUGCAAGAAGUUCAGCCAGCGCCGCAGGACGCGGAGGAUCCAUUUUUAAAUGAAAUUCCGCGUGAUGAAAAUGAUAUCUUUCAGAAACGCGUGACAGAUGUGGUGCUGACACCGCUUUUGGAUCGGGCUAAGAGGGAAAUUAUGCUGGAGAACCGUGAAAAAAUAAAUGAAAAAGAACGUGUGAGAACUCGGAGACAAACUUAUCCGGGAAAAUUUCGCGGUCAAACUCAGUCUCAGUAUUUGAAUUUUGAAAAAGAUGGGGAAAAAGGAGGGAAAGCUGAAGCUGAAGCUACUAAAGAGUCUUCUAGGGCUCUCGUUAGUGGCAGCAAUGGAAUGGGACAAGCACAGAGUAUGUCUGCAGGUGGUCUUGGGUGUGAAGACUGCCCGGGUUAUCAGAAAUUUCCUUCUGAAGUACCAGCAGGGUAUGUAAGAUUACCGGGAGGUGCUAUAGUACCGGGAACACCGGGAGCUGGUGUCCCUGGAAGUUAUCCAGGUAUAGGUGGUCCGGGAACGCCGGGAACGUAUCCAGGGGGUGUGAUACCACCAGGUGGAACUCAAACAUAUCCAGGGGGUGUCAUACCACCGGGUGGAGGUCAAACGAUACCAGGAGCGUAUCCAGGGGGAGUGAUACCACCGGGUGGAGGUCAGACAUUUCCGGGAACAUAUCCAGGGGGAGUGAUACCACCGGGUGGAGGUCAAACGAUACCAGGAACGUAUCCAGGGGGAGUGAUACCACCCGGUGGAGGUCAAACGAUACCAGGAACGUAUCCAGGGGGAGUGAUACCACCCGGUGGAGGUCAAACAUAUCCAGGAGGUGUCGUACCACCAGGUGGAGGUCAAACGAUACCAGGAACGUAUCCAGGGGGAGUGAUACCACCCGGUGGAGGUCAAACAUAUCCAGGCACUACUAUUCCUGGAGUUGGACAACCAGGAACUUAUCCAGGUGGCAAUGUUCCGGGAAUUGGACAACCAGGAACUUAUCCAGGUGGCAAUAUUCCGGGAGUUGGACAACCAGGAACUUAUCCAGGUGGCAAUAUUCCGGGAGUCGGACAACCAGGUACAUAUCCGGGUAGCAAUAUUCCAGGAACUGGACAACCAGGAACUUAUCCAGGUGGCAAUGUUCCGGGAGUUGGACAACCAGGAACUUAUCCAGGUGGCAGUGUUCCGGGAGUCGGACAACCAGGCACAUAUCCAGGUAGCAAUAUUCCAGGAACUGGACAACCAGGAACUUAUCCAGGUGGCAAUAUUCCGGGAGUCGGACAACCAGGAACUUAUCCAGGUGGCAAUAUUCCGGGAGUCGGACAACCAGGCACAUAUCCAGGUAGCAAUAUUCCGGGAGUCGGACAACCAGGCACAUAUCCAGGUAGCAAUAUUCCAGGAACUUACCCAGGUGGUAGUAUUCCCGGAGUUAGACAACCAGGCACAUAUCCAGGUAGCAAUAUUCCAGGAACUGGACAACCAGGAACUUAUCCAGGUGGCAAUAUUCCAGGAACUGGACAACCAGGAACUUACCCAGGUGGUAGUGUCCCAGGAAUCGGGCAACCAGGCACAUAUCCAGGUAGCAAUAUUCCAGGAACUGGACAACCAGGAACUUACCCAGGUGGUAGUAUUCCCGGAGUUGGACAACCAGGCACAUAUCCAGGUGGCAAUAUUCCAGGAACUGGACAACCAGGCACAUAUCCAGGUGGCAAUAUUCCAGGAACUGGACAACCAGGAACUUACCCAGGUGGUAGUGUCCCAGGAAUCGGGCAACCAGGAACUUAUCCAGGUGGCAAUAUUCCAGGAACUGGACAACCAGGAACCUACCCAGGUGGCAGUGUUCCGGGAGUUGGACAACCGGGCACAUAUCCAGGUAGCAAUGUUCCGGGAGUUGGACAACCAGGAACAUAUCCAGGUGGAAGUGUUCCAGGAAUCGGGCAACCAGGUACAUAUCCGGGUAGCAAUAUUCCGGGAGUUGGACAACCAGGAACUUACCCAGGUGGUAGUAUUCCGGGAGUUGGACAACCAAUACCUGGAACACCUGGUUUUUACCCAGGUGCGGUUAGUCCACCAGGCGGAACUUACCCAGGUGGAGUUAGCUCUCCUGGUGGCACAUACCCAGGUGGCGUUUACCAACCGGGAGUGAACCCACCAGGUGGGUAUCCAGGUAUAUCACCACCAGGUGGAGCUGUUUCAAUACCAGGAUCUUAUCCAGGAAUUUUGCCACCAGGCACACCCGGAACUUACCCUGGAACGGUCAUCCCAGGUACUCCCGGUUCUUAUCCAGGUACUUACCCAGGCUAUCCGACUCCCGGCGGCGGAAUUUAUCCAGGAGGAGUGGCGCCACCAGGUGGCACUUUCUUCCCAGGUGCUACUUACCCCGGCGGCAUUCAAUAUCCUCCCGGUGCUGUAUCACCCGCAGCAGAUGACGCAGAUUCUCACGCUUCAAGUUCAGUUAAGCAAACUGACUCCGGUACUCAAGCAAGUGCUUCAGCGGAUGGCAAAUAUGGAACAGGCACAGCUCAGUCUCAAGUCAGUGGUGUCUACACAGGCUCUGGUUCAUUCUCCGCACAAGCGGGAAUCAACGAUGGCAACAAAGGCGCACAAACCCAAGUAUCCGGUGGCAAAGAAGGCGCGAUGAGCAACGCCCAAGGCUUUGGAGGACACGGUAAAAGUCAAACUCAAGUUCAAUUAGAUUCCGAAACCGGAGCGACGACAACAGGAUCCCAGAGCAGCGGAUUCAAUCACGACACCAGUUCACAGGUCCAGGCUAGUAUAAAAGGUGGAAUGGCCGAUGCACAAGCCAACGGAGAAGGCAGCACUUCUUCACAGGCACAAAUUGGGUUUCAACCAUACAUGGGCUCCGCUGAACUGGACAAAAGUCAAUCAAAACCCUUCAAAGGUGGAGGUACAGCUUCAGCUCAAAGUGGAACUUACCAGGGACAGUCUCAGUCACAAAUUGAGGGCUCGUUUCAAUAUGGAAUCACUUACACCGGCGCCGCUCAAGCUGGUUCUGGAUCUGGUGCUGCUGCAUCAAGGAAACCCUUCAACUUCACCAACUCAGACCCUAAACUCUUCAAAACCUUUGAAAAAUUCGAACCACUUAAAAUUACAAAUGACCAUAAAGAGGAACCACCUUCUCCAGCUGAACUUGACACAACAAUAACUGGAACCCAAACUCUAAAAACUGCCUCAAGUACUCGCAAAACUGUCUUCAAUCGAGCACCAAGUAGACAAGAGCCGUCAGAAAAACCUCAAGACUCCAAUUUUGAAGCUGGAGCCGUCGAGUACGAGGCCGAUGACGACAGCGAGUAUGAGGAUGAAGACUACAGUGCUCCCGUACCAGGAAGAAUGGGGGAAGCAAAGCUAAGAAACGCUGAUUCCCGUCAAAUUCAGUCCACAAAUCUGGGGUUAGCUGGCAAGCAUGACGUCCACGUCAAACAAGACUCGUCGAGACCCAAAGAAGGUGACGUUCUCCAACCAGGAGACUCGUUACCAGGCUACAAAGUUCCCGCAGGUCUCAGAGCUAGAGUAACUUCUGUCUCCGGAGAGCGAACACAAGCUCAAGGGAAUGGGAAAUCUCAAGCCCAGACUGUCAUCUUGGCUCCUAAUCCAGACCGUUCUCAAAUCGGGAAGUUCGUUCCUCCUGACACCAGGUCUCUGAAGCCUGGACACGCUCCCAAUUCCAUUCAUACUUCGAACCCUAGAAAACAUAUGAAUUCCGGAAACACGCGCUCGAUGACAGCAGCUCCAGUUAAAUCAAAUUACUACACAGUAACCAACAGCGUGGCCGGCAAAAUGGGCGAUCCACGACAAAAGUAUGAGCACCGCUACUACACGAAGAGUUCAACAUGCGGUUACUUUACCUUCUCAUGCAAUAUCGUCCAUGGUUCCAAUGGCAGAACCAAAAUCUGUAAGCCGAAGAUGCCGACAUAUCCCGAUGGUACCCCGAUGAAAUGCUAGUUCUAUUUAAUUAUUUAUAUUUUUAUAUCAACAUAUCUAACGCUACAUUAUUUAUGACAAUUAUAUAUAUCGUUUUAUAUAAA